GUCCAGAGCUGACUGUCUCUCUGUGUCAAAAGAUCUACCAUGCGUCUUGUAUUAAGUUUUGUCUUGGUCUGGGCUAUAUCCUAUGCCGAACCUUUGGCAAGAAAGAAGAAAUCGACAACACUAAUAAGAAUCCCUGAGAAUAAGAUAGAUUACUUUUGUUGUGGACAACGACCACUAGCCACAGGCAACGGAGUCCUAGAGGUAGCACAGAUAACCGACGAUGUACAAGAAGCUAUUCCUCACUCUCACCCAUCUCUUUGCAGUAUUCGAUUUCAAGAUAACCCACAUGAGCACCUCUGCAGCGGUGCUUUGAUAAAGAAUUUGGCGGGAGAAUACUACAUCAUCACAGCUUUCGCCUGUGUUGUAUAUGGUCCUCAAGCUUACAAAGCUCAUUGUGGUGUCCACAACAGAUCUGACCUCAGUGAACCCCAAAGUGCUAUAGCUAGAUUCCAUUUUGUUGGCCAAUACAGAAUAUUUCAUCCAAGAGAUGAUUGCGACAUUGCAAUUUUUAAACUUUACACUGAUUUGCCAUUUAAUCUCUACAUUUCUGCCGCCUGCCUUCCAAACGAGGACUGGUAUGAGGGCCAAAUAGGCCUUUUUGUUGGCUGGUAUAAUAAAACUGAUAUUUCUGCAAAUCUUCCAAAAGUUCACCAAUUCGAAACUCGCAUAAGGUCAAGGGCCAGAUGUGAACAAAAAUACGGCAAUCUCUUCACUCGUAAUACCAUGUGUUCAAGUUUACCUGAAAGUGGAUUCAAUCCAUGUGGUUAUGAGUACGGUGCCCCACUCUACACAUAUAGAGAAUACGGAUGGACUUUGACAGGCAUUGGCUACUGGAUUCCCGACUGUACACAGCCUAACAGACUAGUUAUGUACACUGAUGUUUUCGCACUUAGAGACUGGAUCAACCAAACCAUCAACGUUAGCUAAAAUAAAACUCAUUGUAAACUAUUGACUAGUAAAAGACUUCCUUCACA